AUGAUUCCAACAUCCUUUUAUGGCAAAAAGGAAUCUGAAACAAUAUUUACUAAGUUAUACAAUGAAGACUUGGAGUUCAAGACCAAUAAUGAGAAACUGGAAAGUGAACUUGAACGAUGUGGGUAUUACAAUUGUACCUCUCAGAAUUUGGAAUUAUUAAAAAAUCUGUUUAAAUCUUUCAAUACUCUUUCAGAUGCUUUUGAGUAUUAUAGUUCUUUAAUCUACCACUUUUUCCCCCUAAAGUGUGAGUCAAAUUCCUUGAAUCAAAUUCCUUUGAUGCCAUUUAGUAUAUUUGCAGAAGAACUAAAUGAACAGGGAAGAAGAAGAUAUAUUGUAAGUUCAUACCAGAAACUCUGGAACUACAGUAAUUCAUUAUAUUCCUCUCAAAGACACCUCUAUGAAAUUAUUAUACAUGAUUUCCCAUGCUGGUUAUAUUUUGAUAUUGAAUAUAACAAGCAAGCAUACCCACAAGAUUUAUCAGGCCAUAAACUCUUAAGAAAAAUAAUUCGUCAUCUUAUAUACUGGAUAAAAACUGAAUUUGAUAUUCAUUUAACUAGCAAGGAUAUUAUUUACUUAGAUUCAACUACGGAUGCUAAGUUUUCAUAUCAUAUUAUUGUAAAAUAUCUAGAAAAUAACAAAAAUAUUUCCACUUUAUUUCCAAAUAAUGCUAUAAUGGGUCUAUUUGUGGAAAAAUUUAUCGAUUAUAUUAAGUCAGAGGAUGUUACCGGAAAAUUAGAAAUAAUCUCUAGUCAAGAAACUCCGAAAUUGCACAGCUUAAUAGAUGUUGGAGUAUAUAGUAAAAAUCGCUGCUUCAGAUUAUUAUUUUCAACGAAGUAUGGUAAGCUUAAAUCUUUAGAAUUAGAUGAAAAUUAUAAUGAAUACUGUAUAUCUAAUACCCCUUCAGUUCAAUUUCUUAGGUCAAUGGUAACAUUUUAUAAUAUUCCAAACAGUCACUCUGUAAUAAAUAUUCACCAACUCAAAAAUAAAUGGUGCAUAAGUCAUCCUAAUUUGUACAUAAUAGAAAGUAGUAAAUAUAAGAACCAAAAAGACACUUACAGUGAUAAAAGUAGAAAUACUGGGACUUUAUUCAAUACUUCAAAGAAACAGCACAACAUACCUGAACAUUUAACAUUAAUAGUUGAUUUUACAAUCAUAUUUUGGAAUCAAAUUGUUCAGAAUUCAAAAAUUAAUAUUACAUUAACUGAUUUAGACUUGGAUCUAAUAAUGAAAUCUGCUAUUAGUGAUAUAAAUGAUAUGGUUAAUAUUAAGUAUCUCUUUCCAACAUCUUCAGUGUUAAAUCUUCAUCCAUAUAUAUCAUCAUCUAUCUAUAUAGCUGAAUCAGAUCUUUUAAUAUUAUCAUUGAACAAGAAUAAUAAAUUCUGCAUGAAUAUUGAAAGAGAGCAUCAAUCUAAUAGUAUUAAGCUAAUUAUAAAUAAUAAAAGGGGCAUAUUUUAUCAAAAAUGUUUCGAUCCUGAUUGUAGAUUAUUUAAAUCUAGAAAUUUCAUAUUACCAACUUUUCUUCAAGAAAUUUCUAGAGAUAUAUCCGAAUUAUCAAAGAUGCUGGAAAAUAGUCCCCAGGUAUGA